AUGUAUUCCCAUCCAAACAUCCUUUGGCUCUAUGCCCUAAUUACCACGUUGAUCAGUCCAACACUGGCAUUGCCUACGCUUCCAACAACCAACCCUUCGUCAACAUCGACAGUCUUCCAGUUCACUCGCAACGGCACAUGGCUUGAAAACCUUGCAGUCCGACCUAACGGAAGCCUCCUUGCGACGCGCCUUGACGUCCCCGAACUGUGGCUGAUCGACCCAGCCAACACCAACACCGCGGAAGCUGGUUCCUUGUUCUACACCUUCCCCAAUGCCACCAGUCUGCUAGGCAUCACCGAAAUCGACAGAGACGUCUACGCAGUGGUUGUAGGCAACUUCUCCAUCUCCACCGUCACGAGCACCCCCGGUUCAUACGCGAUCUGGAGACUUGAUGCCUCGGGUAGCGCUGCACCAUCAGCGAGUAUUCUGGCACGAAUCCCCGAAGCUGAGUUCCCGAAUGGCAUUGCGCGGUUCGGGCAGAACCUGCUUCUCAUUACGGACUCCGCCAAGGGCGUGAUCUGGCGGCUGGAUAUGACGUCGGGAGUAUACUCGCAGGCACUGUCUGAUGCCUCGAUGCUUCCUGCUGCGGGCCAGCCGUAUGCUGUUGGUGUUAAUGGUAUUGAUGUGCGCGGAAAGUAUGUCUACUACACGAGUACCACGCAGAUGUUGUUCUGCAGGGUCCCGGUGAAUAGCGGAGCUUCUGCCACUGGUCCUGUUGAGGUCCUUACUAGUGGGAUUACUCCGGAUGAUUUUAUGCUCGGGAGCAAUGGGACGGCGUACAUCUCGACGAACCCGGACAAUGGGCUGGUGAGGGUUGAUCCAAAGGGGAGAGUCAAGUUGGUGGCUGGAAAUCAGUUUACGAUUGCUGUUGGUGGAUCAACUGCGGUUGCUGGCAAUAAGGAUGGUUCAGUGCUUUAUGUCACAACGAGUGGGGGACAGUUUUCACCCAUCCUGGGUAAGCUCAUUGAGCCGGCCAAAGUUGUGGCCAUUCAUCUGUAG